AUGCAACUCCUCGCUGCUACAGCCGUCAGCUCAAUGCUAGUCGGCGUUUCUCAAGCAUCGUUGUACCCCGGACAGAGCAAUUUUAACCAUACGUGCGCAUUGCAGACCCCCUUCCUAUCCUGUUCCGCAAAUGCGUACCCAAACAUCACCGAUUCGUGCUGUACCGAAACAUAUGGCGGGCUUGUUCUCAGCACGCAGCUCUGGAAUACCUACACAGGACUCGAAUCGCAAGGACAAGUUCUCCCAAAGGACUCAUGGUCGUUACACGGUCUGUGGCCUGAUUUCUGCAAUGGAUCCUAUACACAAUACUGUGAUCUAAGCCGACAAUAUGAUCCCCUCCCCUCGCCGAACACCACAACCGGCACUCCUUCCGGAACUCCCAUAAAACCCUACAACGGCAGCAGCAUCUCCACAUUUCUCGCGCCCUUCGGCAAAUUCGACCUCCUCGCAUACAUGAACAAAUUCUGGAUAGCGCAGGCACAACCAAAUGGUGAUUUCUGGGGCCACGAGUUCAGCAAACACGGUACAUGCUACAGUACAUUCAACCUUCCAUGUUACGGACCCAUGUAUCGCAAACACGAAGAAGUGAUUGAUUUCUUCGAGACCGCCAUCUCCUACUACGAGACGUUGCCUACGUGGACUUGGCUCGGUGCUCAGGGCAUCUAUCCUUCGAACUCCACGACUUAUUCUUUGAUCGAUUUCCAGAGCGCUUUGGUAAAGGGAUUUGGCGCGCUGCCGUAUAUUGCUUGUUCGGGGCCGAAAUAUAAUGCUACGGCUGCGGGUAAUGGGACGCUGGAUAAUGGCGGUACGGUUUUGAGUGAGGUGUGGUAUUAUCACCAUGUUUUGGGGAGGGUGCAGGCGAGACAUGGGGUUCCAAUUAAUGCGAGUAUUAAUGGGGGAAGUGUAGGGAAUUGUGCGAAAGCGAAGGGUGCAUUGAAGUAUCCAGUUAGGACGGUGGGGAGUGAGGUUUAG